AUGGAGAGCUUGAAUUCAGUUGUAGGCAGCAAUGAACAAAUAAAGGAACCACAUGUUAUAAAUGCAUCAGCCAGUGAUUUUAGGGAAGAUGGAAUGGACGAAGUUAGCUCGAUUCCUUUUCAAUCACCAGGUGGUGGUAUGUAUUGGAAACCUCGGGUUGAAGCUGAAUUUAAACCUUAUAUAAACCAAAGCUUCCGAUCACUAGAGGAUGGUAUAGAGUUUUACCGAGAGUAUGGACGUAAAAGUGGGUUUGAGAUCAGACGGCAUACAGAGAAGAAACAUGAGGAUGAUACAGUUCUUCUUAAACACAUUGUUUGCAGUAGAGCUGGCAGCAAUGAAUUAAAGAUGGAUGUUGAUUUUGAGGAUUUUAGUAGCAUUUCGAAAAAGAGAAGGAGAACUGUAUCUAGUAGAUGUGGUUGCAAAGCUAAAGUCGUGUUUAAGUUUGAUGGUUUGAAAGGAUAUAAUGUUCUCUCAUUUGUUGAAGAGCAUUCUCAUUUUUUGGUCUCCGGUAGUGGGAAACAAUUUUUGAAGUCAAAUAGAGUUCUCGGUCUCGCACAUAAGAAACUUGUAUUUGAUGGAGCAAAAGCCAACAUGGGGCCUAACAAAACAUAUAACUUUGCUAAGGAGUUGUGUGGAAGUUAUUCUAAUGUUGGUGCUACCUGUACCGAGUUUAAAAAUUGGAGUAGGGAUGUGAAGCUUUAUAUUGGUGAUCGAGAUGCUCAAAUGAUCAUCGAGAAGUUCACGGAUAAGAAGGAGAUGUGUGAUGGAUUUUUCUAUGAUUAUGCAGUCGAUGAAGAGGGUCGAUUAACUCGCAUCUUUUGGGCAGAUGUUAUUGGACGAAGAAAUUACGAUGUAUUCGGAGAUGUGAUAUCAUUUGACUCUACAUAUUCCACAAACAAGUACAACAUGAAGUUUGUUCCAUUUACUGGUCUCGACAAUUAUAAGAAGUGUGUUGUAUUUGCAGCAGGAUUGAUAGCUAAAGAGGACAUUGAUAACUAUGUCUGGAUUUUUGAGUUGGCAAAAUGCAUUUCGAAGAUGGAUGAUUUCAAGAGGAAGAUCAAUACACUGAUUUGGAGUAUAGAUAUAGAUCCAGCAACAUUUGAAGUAGGUUGGAAAGAUGUUAUGAAUGAAUUUAAGCUUGAAAGUAAUGAAUGGUUGUGUGAACUGUAUAACAUUCGGGAGUCAUGGAUUCCAGCCUAUUAUGCUGAUGAUCCAAUGGCUGGUUUAUUGCAUACUACAUCAAUAUUAGAGAGUGAGAAAUGUUUCUUUGACAAAUUCAACCGUAGAUCUGACACAUUGACAGAAUUUUAUCUCUGA